AUGCAAGCUUUUUUUUUGAGAGAGUGCUGUACUGAACCAAUAAGUAGUAUUGACUGUUCUGAAAGCUCUACAGAAGAUAUACACAAAUUAUUAAUAUCAUUAACAUCAUGGGAUAAGACAUUCCGAAUAUUUGAUACAAAUUUAUAUAAUAACUCUUCAUAUUCUAAGGAUGAAGUUACUAGAACACCAGCGCAUCAUAAUUAUACAGUAAACCCUUCAUCAACUGAAUAUAUUCAAUGCAAACCUACUGGUAAAUGUUUAGCUCAGUAUUGCAGUGAAAAUGUAUAUUUGGACUGUCGUUUUUAUAAUUCAUCUAAAUUAUUUGCUGGAAGUCUUGGAAAUACAUUAGAAUGUAUUUCAAUUGACCAAGCAACAAUAAACUGUAAUAUAAUAGAUAAGCAUCAAGCUCCUAUUAGGUGUAUCUCUAUAUUGAAAAAUAAGUCAAUUAUUGUUAGUGGAAGUUGGGAUGGAUCAAUUCAUUUUAAUGAUAUUCGUCAACAAGAUAGUAUUGAGUCUAUCUGUAAACACCAAGUAGCAGGAAAAGUUUUCUGUAUGGAUCAUUCUCAUGAUGAAGAGUGGAUAUUAAUUGGAGAUUCUUUUAAAAAUCUAAAUAUAUUAAAUAUUAAAAAGUUAUCAAGUAAUUUAGCAAAUAAGAGUGCUAUAUUAACUAUUCCAAAUUAUAUGAAGUACCAAAUGAGACAAGUUAAAGCUUCAAAGUAUAAUGAAUAUUUUGCAACAAGCUCUAUAGAAGGACGGGUUCAAAUUAAUACACUUAAUAAUGUAAUUAGUCAAGAACCGAAUAGUGAGUAUUCUUAUACAUUUAAAUGUCAUAGAUUUAAGGAUAUGAAUACAAUGAACGAAAUUAUUUAUCCAAUUAAUAGUUUAUGUUAUCAUACUAAAUAUACAGAUAUCUUGGCUACUGGAGGUAGUGACGGAAAUGUAUUCAUAUGGGAUACUAUUGCAAAAAAAAGACUCUGGAAGAGUCCAACAAUUGAUAUUAUUGAAAAUGAAUCAUCUAUAAUUAAUAAUUAUAGAGAAAGCAUAGCUCAUAUGAGUUUUGAUACAAUAGGGGAAUUCCUUAUUGUUGCAGCUAGUGACACUUUUGAUCAAGGUACAAAGGUACAAGAUAUAAAAGAUUUAACCCCAACAAAAUCUCAAGUAUUGUUCUAUUCAGUAAAUAAUGUGAAACCAUUCAAACAAACAAAUAUAUAA